CUCUUCCUCUUCUGCGGUCAUAAAACUGACCCUGACCCUCUCUCGCUCUUGUGUUUGCAUUCCUGUGUUUGUCUGUCAUCAUGUUAGCAGCUCUCCUGAAGUUAGACUUGUCCUCUGUGGGCUUGACUCUGUUUCUAGGCUUAAUUUUUUUGGUUCUGUUUGAGAUCUUCAGGAUUCAUUCCUACAAAGGUCGAUUUCCACCUGGUCCAACACCUCUGCCUUUUGUGGGAAGCAUACCUCAUUUCUUGAAGAACCCAAUGGGCUUCAUAAAAUCAUUAUCUCAGUAUGGAGAGAUGACUACUGUGUAUCUUGGGAGAAAGCCAGCGAUAAUUGUUAAUACACUCCAGGUCAUGAAGGAAGCCUUCGUUCAGAAUGGUUCAUCUUUCUCUGGAAGGCCACCAGUACCUGUUUUAACCUGGGUCACUGAGGGAUAUGGAAUUGUAAUGGCCACAUUUGGUCACUCCUGGAGGCAGCAGAGACGGUUUGCUCUGCACACACUCAGAAACUUUGGUCUGGGAAAGAAGUCUGUUGAGGAACGUGUGACUGAGGAAAGCGGUUACCUGAUUUCUGAAUUGCUCAAAGCAGAAGGCAAAUCGUUCAACCCCCGACACGCAAUACACAACGCUGCUGCCAACAUUAUCUGCUCCAUCGUGUUUGGGGAUCGAUUCGACUAUGAUAACAAGAGCUUCACAUAUCUUCUGGAUAAUAAAGAAAACAUAAUUCAGUCAGGAUCACUUGUUGGACAGGUCUUUAACUUGGUUCCCAUCAUCAAACAUUUCCCAGGCCCACAUCAGAAAAUAUAUCAGAAUGGGCAAGCAUUUAAGUCUUUCAUCAGGGAAUCAGUCAAAGAGCACAGACAAACUCUGGAUCCAGACAGUCCACGAGAUUUUAUCGAUGCCUACCUGCUGGAGAUGGAGAAACAAAAGUCCACUCAGGACUCCACUUUUCACGAGGAUAACAUGGUUAUGGCAGUGGGUGAUUUGUUUUUGGCUGGAAGCGACACUACAGCGACCACCAUCAGAUGGGGACUCAUCUACUUGACUCAAAACCCAGAUGUACAAGAGCGAUGUCAUGAAGAGAUUGUUCGGGUUCUGGGUUAUGACCGAUUGCCCAGCAUGGAUGACCGUGACCGACUACCAUAUACAUACGCCACUAUUCAUGAGUUUCAGCGCUGUGCAAACCUUGUACCAUCUGGAGUGCCUCAUCAAACAACUCAACCAACAAAACUUCGAGGAUACGACAUUCCCCAGGGAACUCAGAUACUGAUGAACUUGACGGACAUUUUGGCAAACAAGGAGCACUGGAAGCAUCCAGACACUUUUAACCCAGAGAAUUUCUUAGAUGAUAAAGGAAAUGUCUUCAAACCAGAGGCUUUUCUUCCUUUCUCCUUGGGUCCGAGGGCCUGUCUUGGUGAGACUCUGGCUAAAGCUGAGCUCUUCCUCUUCGUCACUUCUCUCCUUCAGCGGAUUCGUUUCUCCUGGCCAACUAGUGAGAAGUUGCCGGAUAUGAAUGGGAUUUUCGGCGUGGUUCGCACUCCUAAACCAUUCAACAUCAUCUGCCAUAGCAGAGGUUCAAAAGAGUGACCAUCAGUGUUCAUGCUUAUAUUUACAAGUGUUUCCAGAGAUUUUAGACUUUUUUAGAAAUUACAGUGCUGAAAUAGUAUAGCGUGAGACAAUGCCAAGGUUGUGGGGUUGAUUCCAAGGGAAAACAAGCAAUAAUUUGUACCUUCAGUGCAAUGGAAGUCACUUUAUAUAAAAGCAUCUCCCAAAUGCAUACAUUAAAAUGUAAUACAAACACUUCAAA